GCUUUUACGCGCGAAAUCCUGAGCCAUAGGCCUACAAGGAAUCCCACUCUAAAACAUUUGGUGGCUAUCAUCAAAGACUAUAGAAAUACUAUCAUGCUCGGAGAAGCUUUCCUUUAUGUUCUGAACUGCACAGAAGACAUCACAAAUCAUGAUGGACGUACUCACACACACUUACCCACCCCCACGACCCGUCCUGACCCCUGCACAACGAACGCCGCUGCCAGAUCUCCUCUGACACCACGAACUGUGAGAGCUGGCAGGCCCGAAUGCCUGAAAAAGCAAGGGCAGCACCGAGCCUCUGCACCCAGCAACGCUAUGCCCAUUCUCAGCUGUAGCGGGGAGGAUCACUUGGGCAUGAUGCUGUAUUGCUCCUGGUGCUGUCCCAGCUUCUGCAAGAACUAUCCAGACCUCCGGCUUGCUGGUGACCGGCUGGAGCACUGCAGUCCUCAUAACCCAGACCUGCUCAACCCAACAGACGCUGGGCCACUGCUACAAUCGCAGGACCUGAGCUCUCUGGAACCCUCUCUGGAAGCAGGUCAACAGGCAGAGGCUUUGACCCAGCAGGACGAGGAGUAUCUUGUCAUGGAAAGCGUUCAGGGUCCUGGCUGGGAGAGAAGGCUCACCAACUCCAUGUUGAACGGCUAUCUAGAAGUCCAAAUGCUGGAGGUGUUUUGUCAGCACAUGCAAAACAUGGCGUGCUGUGGAUCAUCAUUGCUGAGCACUGACGUCAUGCCGGCACUGGUGCCCACCAGCCUGACUGUAGCCAAAAGACAAACAGCCAGUCAGGGAGAAGAGCUGGAUUCUUCAUCCAAUAAUGCUGUGCAUUAUUUAAGCGCUUGUUCAGCUCCAGCCACCUCCCACUUCAGCUCACCUGUGCUGCGAAUCUCAGAAGCUGACCUCUGCUCUUCCAUUGUCGCCUCCAUCAACAUUAAUAGCACAAGGUACUUUGGAAGAGGAACCAAAGUCACACUGUCAUGUGUAUACUGUGUAUAGACGUUUAUAAAUGUUACCACUUCCUCCUAAACAGCCAAUCAAAUGUUGUUUUUCUCCCUCAGUCGUGCUGCUGACUGCUACACUUUCACUUUCCUAAAAAAGUGUUUGAAAUGAAAUUGAAACUUUAUUAACUUAUGUCCUUAGUUAUGUUGCCAUAAUUCAGUUAUAUCCAUUCUUUUCAUUAGAUGUUUGUGGUAAUGUUUCUAUAAUGUGAAACUCUUCAAUAAUUGUUAUUAAAUACUGACACCUGCUGUUCAUACUGUGGAAUGACACCCAGAUGGAAAGCAAAUGCUGAUAUAUUGCUGGCGCCCUCUACUGGGAGCUUCGGGAACGGCGGCCAAUGUCCCGAUGAAAGAUUAUGUUAUACUGUCCAUGACAUUGUCCUUCACCCAGAGCUGUGAAAAUUAAAUUUUUAUAUAUUACAUCGAUGUUUAUAGCUAAAAUACGCGCACUGCAUUCAAUAUGUUAUAUUAAGCAUUGCAUUUUAAUGUAGUAAUGGAUGGAAGAAAUAAAACCUAAAUGCCUCU